AACCCCACGGCCUGACAUGCCCCGACGGCCCCGGCAGCCGCCUGUCCGAGCUCGCGGGGCCUCGGCCCAGGCAUGAGCUGGCUCUUCCCGCUAAGCAAGAGCGGCGCGUCGCCCGCGGCCGGAGGAGGAGGCGCGGGGGGCGGCGGCGGUGGCGGCGCUGGGGGGCUCACCAGCCUUCAGCAGCAGAAGCAGCGGCUCAUCGAGUCCCUCCGCGCCGCGCACGCCAGUAUAGCUGAGAUCCAGAAGGAUGUGGAGUACAGAUUACCCUUCACAGUAAACAACCUCACAAUUAACAUUAAUAUCUUGCUUCCUCCUCAGUUUCCUCAGGAAAAACCAGUGAUCAGUGUUUACCCUCCAAUACGACAUCAUUUAAUGGACAAACAUGGAGUGUACGUUACCUGUCCAUUAGUAAACAAUUUUACAAUGCACUCAGACCUUGGAAAGAUUGUUCAGAGUCUCUUGGAUGAGUUUUGGAAGAAUCCUCCAGUUUUGGCUCCAAGUUCAGCAUUUUCAUACCUGUACAGUAGCCCAGCGGGAAUGCCUCCUUAUGCUGCUCAGGGUUUUCCAUUCCUUCCCUCAUAUCCUCCACAAGAAGCAAACAGAUCUAUGGCUUCUGUUCCAGUUGCUGACACUGUUUCUUCAGCCUCAAGUUAUUCCACACCCAAACCUGCUGCUCCUUCCUUUGGUUUUCUCUCCAAUCUGCCAUUGCCUGUCCCCACCACAGAUGCUCCAAUGCUGACAGGCCAAGAUGGGUGUGGUUACAAAAUGCCUGAGAUCCCUGAUGCAUUUCCAGAACUCUCUGAACUCAGCCUGUCACAAUUAACAGAUAUGAAUGAACAAGAGGAAGCAUUCCUGGAACAGUUCUCAACUCUGCCUCAGCUGAAGCAAGUCAUCACUGACAAGGAUGACCUGGUAAAGAGCAUCGAGGACCUUGCCCGAAAAAAUCUCCUUCUAGAGCCCAACCUGGAAGCUAAAAGGCAGACGGUCCUAGACAAGUAUGAACUCCUCACUCAGAUGAAAUCGGGCUUUGAAAAGAAGAUGCAGAGACAGCAUGAACUGAGCGAGAGCUGCAGUGCAAGCGCCCUCCAGGCGAGACUGAAGGUAGCAGCCCAUGAGGCCGAAGAAGAGUCAGACACCCUUGCAGAGGAUUUCCUCGAGGGCAAAAUGGAAAUAGAUGAUUUUCUCAGCAGCUUCAUGGAAAAGCGAACCAUUUGCCAUUGUCGAAGAGCCAAAGAGGAGAAGCUUCAGCAGGCAAUGGCCACACACACCCAGUUUCAUGCUCCUCUCUAAUGUAUCGGUUUGAUGUUCUAUAGGAAAGCUGUACCCAGGACAAAAGCCCCAUGCAAAUCACAUAUUCAGGAAGCCAUCCAGGAUGACCAGCCAGGCUGGUUUGUUUGCCUUGAGAGCUUUGUUCGUUUGGAAUGGAUCUUCUAAAAGGCUCAUUACAAGAGGGACCCUUUGGACAUAGACAAGCCAAACAUUUCUUCUCUAACCUCUGUCAUCAAUGAGUUUUACCUCUAAUUGGAGACCAAGGGAGAGCCAUGUGGGGUGGCAGGCAGGUGAUUCCUGAAUUUGAAGCCAGAGGAGCUGGUGCUGCUGCCUCAGCCAGUCUUGCUGGAUGACCUGAGGUCAGGCCCAGGCCCUCUGUGGACCUCACUUUGUAGAGGAGGUGCUGUGGGCAUCUCUGGGAGGAUGUGCCCACAUGUGUAAAGUGAGAGGUUGGACUCGAACACUCGGCUCUGUGAUCUCCUGAAUGAAUAAAAAUCAUGUAUACUUUUCUUAUGAA